UACCUGUUCCUCAGCGCUAUUGCGCUCGCUACAGCUCUGCUUGGAAAAAAUAUUUUACAGUUUGGCCUCCGCUUGUGGAAGGUCGACGAUUCGCGCCUGCUCUGCUCUGCUAGCCGCGCGGUACUCUUCAAGUUCGUGUGGGCUCCUGGUGCUGCGAUCACCGUCGGGAGCUAAACAACAUGAGAACAUAAGGACGUCGGUGCUUGAGAGCUAUUUAGUAUUCGACUUCUUACUACGUUUUGAUCCUUUUGCAUCCCUCACGCACGACCAGGAUCUUUGUGUAGUUCGAAGCCCGCCGAAAUUUUGCGAGCGGAUUUAGCUUUCUCACCC